AUGGUGGAGAGAGCGCACGAUGAGAACAAGGAAGAAAUGCCCAAGGAGAACAAAAGUCUGCUUCUGCACGCGGCGAAGUUUAAGAGCGCGCCAGCUGGCAUGCACCCGAUAGUGGCUGGUCUGUGCAUAAACUCGCAGGCCCCGAGGGAUGAAGACGUGCUGAGCAGGCUGGCCAUGGAUGCCGAAAUAAGGAAACGAAUCGAGUUUACAUGCGUUCCUGUGGAAGCUGACAUGUACUGCGGGACAAACAGAAACUCUGUGGGGACGAUUCUUUUUGAAAAGAUGCCCAAAACACAGAGCAGGCUAUGCAUACACGUGUGGAAAGACGCGGUUGCCAACAAGAUAAAAGGGCAUGGCCUAACAAGACACACCGACAAGCUUUUGGAGAUCCUGAUUCCAUCGAAAGACCACCAGGUCAUAAGGGACUACAUGCGGGAAAAAAAUCCCAAUGCAAAGAUUAGCGUGGGAGCGCUCAUGCACGAUGUGUGCGUAUACUACUACAAAAAGCAGUCUGAUGUGUACAAAGACAACGCGCCCGAGAUCAGCGACUUCGUCUACAUACGCUGGUACUACACCGCGGUGCUUGGGUGUAUCCGGAAGCAGAACCCCUAUUUUACAAGAGCACAGAGAUUUGAAGCUAUGGGGGCCUAUUUUUUUAAAUCCGAUGCUGCGGCCAUCCAAGAAAUAGAGCCAAGAACGCCCGAGUUUGCGACCGAGUCUUGCUGGAGGGAGUACAUUCAAAGACUUGAAAUGCACGAAAACACGUUGGUUGAGGACAUUCUGCAGAAGAAAAACCAGGAAGCAUACCUAGAGAGUGUGCUGUGCAAACGUGUGGUGUGCACAGACGAGUAUUUAGCAGAGUGCUCGCAAAAUAAGCUUAUGUCCAUGCUUUGCAACAUGUACGCGGCUGGCCAGCAGUUUAUAUGCGAGCUUUUGAAGAGGCAUGAGGAAAAAAGCGCCGAGCAGGCACAAACUCCAGGCCUGAAAUAA